CGAUUCUCUAACCCUCAAGUUUCUUUCACCAAACCGGUUCAAGAGUUCAUCGACAUCGUUCAUCCCACUCUCAAGCACACAGUUCAUCCUCAUCAUGUCCGAAGCCCCUGCCGCCGUGGUCCCCGAAACUGGCGCGCCCGUCACGCAAGAAAAGGUCGAAGUCCCUGGCUUUAAGGUCUUCGCAGGCAACCUUGCGUAUUCUACUUCGGAUGAGGGGCUGAAGGCUUUCUUUGCCCCCGUGCAGAGCGACGUUCUUUCCGUGCAAGUCAUCCAGAGGGGCACCCGCUCCGCUGGCUAUGGCUUCGUCGCUCUCUCGACUGCAGAGGCCGCUCAAAAGGCUGUCGAGCUCCUAGACAAGAAGGAGCUCGAUGGCCGUCAGGUCAUCAUCGAGGUCGCAAAGCCCGCCGAUCAAAAGGACCAAGAGAAGAAAGAGAAGAAGGCCAAGAGGAGAUCCGGCAGGCGUGGCAGCAAGGCUGUUCCCGGUGAAGUCUCCGAGGCUGAGGCGAACGGCGAAGCGGCUCCCAAGACUGAUGAGCCUGCUGAGGCCACCGAGACGGGUGAUGCGGCUAAGCCUAAGAAGAAGAAGAAGAAGUCUGCUCGUAAGCCCAAGGCAAAGGAAGGCGAGACGACUGAUGCUCCUGCUGACGCCACCGCCACGGAUGCUGAUGCUGCUGCUGCUUCCGGUGCUGCAAAGAAGGCUCCUCGUCAGAAGAAGCCCAAGGUACCCCGUCCUGUCCGUGCCGCUGGCGAAGAUCCUGUUGGCGAGCCCUCGAAGACCGUGCUCUUCGUGGCAAACCUUGGCUUCAACAUUGAUGACGCUGGUCUCUCCGCCCUCUUCACUGAGGCCGGCAUCGCUGUUAUCUCUGCUCGCAUCGUUCGUCGCCGCUGGGGUCAGCCCAGGAAGAGCAAGGGCUACGGAUUCGUCGACGUCGGUGGUGAAGCGGAACAGAAGAAGGCUAUUGAAGCCCUUCAGGGCAAAGAGCUCGGUGGUCGUGCUAUCGCCGUCAAGAUCGCUGUCAACACUCCCCAUGAUGACGACGAGGCUGAGGCUGAGGCCGCCCCUGCCGCCCCUGCCGCCUCUGCUGCCCCCGCCCCUGCUGAAGUUGUCCCCGCCCCUGCUGCGUAAUGAUUAUGCUCUGCCUUAAACGCGUCCCCUUCCAUGUUCGUUCAUGCUUGUUACCGCUUUCAUGUUAUAGUGGGUUGUCGAUAUUUGACCACACUAACGUCUUCCCUUUUAACUUGUGAUCCCUACUCAGUACUCAGUGACCACACUUAACAUAUCGUUAGUCAGUCGCGAUCUUUCUGUUUUCCCGUACUUGAACAGAACGUCGAUGAUUUUCUCUCCGUGACUAUGCCCGAUGAUGUGAUUGCAUUCCCGAUCAAGAUGUCUGCUUCAGACGACGAUGACUACUUGGCCGACCUGGACAAAUUCCUUGUCCCACCGCCCGCUUCGAAAUCAAGCUCGACGACCUACUCUCAGCGUCGCAAGGAGGCAGAGAAGCGAUCCGCCGCCAAAAAUGAGCGAAACCGAAUGAAAGGUCGACGUCAACGUGAACUCGAAUCUCGUACAGAGGGACUGAGCAAGAGUCUAUUCGAGCGUGCCAAAGAGGAAGAAGAGGCUGGGCUGACAGCAAACAGCAAAGCGCUCUCCAUGAUGAUGAAGAUGGGUUUCAAACCUGGGCAAGCCCUGGGUCAACAGAUCGACGUGCCGCCGUCUCCCACUUCUUCGAGCGUUGCUGCAGGCUCGUCUGCACCUACGCCCGCUACAGGCAGUUCCUCUGGCCACAAAUCUGAGCCACUGAAAAUCAAAGAAUGGGCAGGCAAGAAGGGUAUCGGACUGGGGCAGAAGCGGCCACCAUCUCCCUUGUCUGCAGAGCGCAUGGCGAAAAUGGCGAAAAUGGCAGAAGCGAGCGAUCACAGUGACUUCCGAGAUCGCGCGCGUAGAGAAUAUGAAGAAAGACGUGCUGAAGGUCGCCUGGGACCGGCCCAACGAACAUGUGUAACUCUAGACGAUAAAAUGGGGAAGACGUUCAAUGUGCUAUGGCUUGACCCUCGUAACCCUGGCUCGUUUCCGUCUGGGCUUCUGGAAGCCUUGGAGUUGAAUACUACGCCUCCUAUUUCCGGAGGAGAGCAACAAGACGGUGAUGACGAAGGACCGCUUUGUUGCAGCGAAACAACGCGAGCUGCGGAAGCUCGAUUGAGGCGGAAGAUGGCAGCUGAAUCAUUGCAGCCGCUGGCCGCACUAGAAGACGAUGUGGACCCGACUGCCUCUGAGCCGAUUCAAUUUUCGCCUGAACAGUUGGCGGAAGCGGCACAGUUUCUUCGUCUACAAGCAUCCGACCGCCUGAACAUCGUUCUUUCUUAUCUUCGCAGCAGCUACUCGUAUUGCUUCUGGUGCGGAUGCCAAUACGAGAAUGCGGAGGAUUUGGCCGGCUCGUGCCCAGGGGAGGACGAGGACGCACACGAUUGAUGGUCAGAGCAACAGGCCAAAGCGAUGGUAUAAACGGGAGCAAGGAUAUAAGAUGAUACGACAGUGAGU